CGCACUCAGAAUUUAGAGUAGUGCCGAGAGAGAACGAUUCCGUCGCGGUGAUUGGCAGCGAUAGAAAGCUCGAAAAUCCUUUUGUUCCAAAAGAAAUUUUAUUUGAAGAUCCCUGAUCGCAAACAGGAUCUUCUAGUGCAAUAUAUAGUCUAUGUAAUUUGCUUUUGGAAAAAUAAGGAUACUGCCGUUGGCCGUCCCCGCCAGCAAGACAACAACAACAAAACAACAAAGCGGAGACAAAGAAACGAUUCGAGUGCCAAACGAAGUCAGUCGCGGAAAAACCUUGAAACAGUGAAUCACUGCCAAUAUCACUGGAGAGUGAUCGCUGCCUGUGAGAAACAUUUAUCCUUGGAGCCCCAAAUAAGCGGAGUCCGCGGACAUUAAACCACAUCCGGAAUGCAGUCGUCGGAGCACGAGAUUGGAAUGCUGAAAAAGCAUCGCGAGCACAUCGGCAAUAAUCUGGAUUAUCUGGUGAAGUCGUCCAAUUAUGGCCGGGUGGCGAUGGAGUGCGUCCGCCUGGGUAUCCUAUCCAGCCAGAUGCUGAGGAAUACGGAGGACCUCAAUGGCGAGCGAUUCAACAUGGACGAGGAGGAUGUGCGACUGGAGCAGCAUCGUCGGCUUUUCCUCAAGGUCACCCAACGUGGCCCAACCGCCUACAACCAACUGAUAACCGCCCUGAAAAAUAUUAAUUGCUUGGAUGCCGCUCAGCUACUGGAGUCCGUGGACGAGUCCAGUUCAAGGCCAGCCUUCAUCUCGAUAAACGAACGCAAGGCCCGCGGAAAGUCGUCGGAUAUCGUGGACACCCGGUCGCCAGAUACCUUAGAAGGACCCUGUGUCAGCAAGAGGCCCUCAGACGAACUGUUCGGACCACUCACCCCUGACCUGGAACCCGUCGUUGGAGAUAUGCGCCAAGUGAUAAAGUCAAAUAAGAUUCACACAGAUGACAAGUUGGGCACAUACAAAAUGCAAUCGCGCUUCAAUCGCGGCGUUUUGCUUAUGGUAAACAUCAUUGACUUCCCAGAUCCAAAGCGCAAACGAAAUGGAGCUGAGCUGGACAGCAACUCGUUGAGACAUCUAUUCCACGAGUUGGGCUUUACGGUUUUCGCUUUUGGCAACAUGAAUCAGAAACAGUUCUUUGAUGUACUGGGCCGGGUCACCUCGUCUUCGUAUGUCCAGAACACCGAGUGCUUCAUGAUGAUACUGAUGACGCAUGGAAACCGCGUGGAUGAGAAGGACAAAGUAGAAUUCUGCGACGGAUCCGUGGUGGAUAUGUACAAGAUCAAAGAGCACUUCAAUUCGAAAAACUGUCCGUAUUUGGUGCGCAAGCCAAAGGUGCUGUUCUUCCCAUUUUGCCGUGGUGAAAUUGCGGAUCAGGGGCACCCUAAAAGUCAAUACGAUUCAACGGCGCCUGUGUCUAUGCCGCCAGAGCAAGAGGAAACUCAAAUCGAGACGGAGGGCUUCGUCACAAAUGAGCCAUCGCUCGCGGACACUCUGGUCUGCUAUGCCAAUACACCGGGCUUUGUUACCCACAGGGAUCCGGGGUCGGGCAGUUGGUACAUCCAGAAGUUCUACGACAUGAUGGCCGAGCAUGCCCACAACACGAGCGUCGAGGACAUUGUGAAAAUGACGCAUGCAUCCGUUGGUAACAUGCGCACAAAAGAUGGUUCCAUGCAGACCGGAUCCUCUGAAAAUUUCGGCUUCAACAAGAAACUCUUCCUUAAUCCGGGCUUCUACAUCGAGUAGCCGCAGCCACUGCCCAUGAUGAAAGCAUUCCCGACUAAAUAUUUGCAUUUUUAAACCGUGUUUAUGUUUGUAUUGUCGCAUUUAUUUAUGUUAUCUAGAUUAUGUGUCUUGUGCUCGUGUGCUAUAUAUGUCUAUUUAUACUUAAUACUCCUUUACGUGCUCAUCGACUACCUCAAUCGGAGGUAUACAAAUUAUACAUUUCUUCGUGAUAACUGCCAGUUUAAGAACCAAUUAAGUAAACAAAUUUGUAAAAUUUUGCAAAUCUAUGUAUAGACUGAUUUUAAAAUCCGAACAAUUAAGUUAAAAGUAAUACAAUUUUCCUUCUGAUCUAGGAUAUGUGCAUUUACAAUAGGAACGAUUUCAUUCGAAAUGGAACAAUGAAGUACAAUGUAACACAAUUUUCCAGUCUGUCUUAGAAUUGAUUUAUAAAAUAAACGAUGGCAUUUUUUACCAA